AAGGUCGAUUUAAAUGGCUGUAUGGAGAUGAAAAUAAAGCAGAUUUUCUCUCAUGAUAUCUUCAAAACUGAAAGUGCACAUUCAUUCAAAAUAAAUCUAGCGUAUACAUAAAGUUUGAAAGAUACAGUAGAGAUUGCAAGCCAUCUUGUUGGUCAAUGAAUGUCUAUAGACCUGGAUAGAAAUUCUAAAGGAAACAAGUCAGAAGGCAGCUGCAAAUCAUUUCUCUGGUGAACAGUUGACACUUAUGACAGGUCCAAGAUCGACUUUCUGGAUGAUUAUUAUCUUGGCUCUGUAGACAUGACAGAUGAGGGAAAUUCAAGGAAAUAACACAGCGUUUCCAUGAGGAUGUGAGAGGCUAGAAUUUUGGAUGAAAAUGUCCAUUUCUGUUGAAGUUAAAGUUCUGUCUCAGAUCUAUCUUCAAAAUCGGGCCGAAUGAGAGUAGACUGGACAACUCAGGUGCUCAGUGAUGAUGCCCUGUUAGUGCUCUUCAUCAACUAUCUCUUCUUCUCCAUGAUAAUACUCUUAUUCAUAAGUUUCGUGAUAUUGCUGACACAGUCGAGUAUGCAAAUCAAUGCGGAUGCUAUACUCUCACUUCUCGUUGUGUGUUUUAUGUUGAUGAACAUCAUCAUUGCAAAUUAUCUCGUCUAUGCUAUGCAUCUGAGUCGAGAGUCAAAGCGUUUGUACAGGUUAUGACUAGUAAGAGGGACUUUACCAAACGAUCCAGACUUUUACCACCCUUACUCCCAGGGCCUUUAUAAGAUUGCAUAAAAUUCAGAAGGGUGUACCCCUGAAGCUGAAAAGAUGGAGCUGUCUCUUGCUGAUGAUAGCCAACCCGUACCUCUGCCUCCAACACCAACAAAAACACCAAUCAAAAGGGUUGUUGGUCAUGUUGGAUCAGUUGCUUCUGCAACUCUCCCAGUCAAUGGUCUUGCCGGACACAUCUCCAUAAACAAGCCGACUGUGAAGAAUAUCACGUUAUCGAAAGCUGCGGUGGAUAUCAAUAGGUUCCCAGGAGUCUGUGGUGAUGAUGUCGGAGGCCUUCUGAGCCCUGGGAGUACCUUCUCGACAGCCCAUUUACCCGAUACGAAAUGGACGUUAUUCGAAUCGGUCGUGUUUUCAUUCUGGGAUAAUAUUCUCGGUCCGAAGAUACAGCACGUGUGGUCUAAUAAAAACUACUGCUCCGAUUAUGUAUCUAUGCUCUCGGAUAUUUCAAAUCAUACUCUGAAUGGAGAAAUCUGUCGGGAUCCUAGCGAUUCUUCCAUUGACACAAAGUUUUAUCAUAUGAAUGAUCGAGGCUAUAUAGUGACUGCGUUUAUUUUCACUGCCAUCGGGACAACCGGACCCAGCAUACAUUCCCUCGCCCUUGUCAUGUCACAAGAACAGUUGGAGACAUAUCUUAAGUAUCAUGACAUGUGCACAGCCUUCUUGACGAGACAUAUUGCUAAAUUAAGGAUACUUAUCAGUGGGCCCCAGGGAAAAUCUAAAGAAGACGCCAUGGCCGAUUUCUCUCUUUAUGUGCACGAAUUAGUGGAGGUGCUCAAUUCAUUAGGAGAAAGUGGCGUUCCAUCCACCAUCUGUCUUUCAUCUACAGCCCUGUCAAUGAUUGGUGCAAACAAUAAAAGUGACCUUGAGGAAAGCUUCCUAAAACGUGUGAUAGCAUCGCAUCUGAUGACGUGUGGUCACACCGUGGUCAAAGAUGUCACAGCAGACGGAAUCAAUAGGCUGAUAUCGUCACUGGCCUUAUUUGCCACACCACAACAGCGAUGCUGUUCUCGUUAUGUUCAGGAGGACCAGGGUUGGAAGUACCAACCAUAUUUAGUCAUCCAGGGAAUUCUCAUGAUUGGAGGUUUGAAAGAGACCCCAGACAGGCAGCACCUAUCUAUAAGUGAAAUCUUCAGCGCUCCUUGUCCCACCACAGUGGUGAAUGUGCCAAAGCGAGAGGUGCUGCAGACACCUCCAUGUCAUGAACAUCGCGUCCGAAAACACGACAUGUUGAAGACAGAACUCACGUGUCUUUGGUUAGCUAAGGAACAGCCAGGUGGCGGUUUAUAUCCAUCUAGACUUCUCUCUCAUAGGAUUCAUCCAAAGAGCCGUAUCUUCCAAGCUGUGAACUACCCAGAGUCCUUGGUAUCAGAUCUCUUCCGACAGCUUCACAAGUUGGGUCCAGAUAAUGGUAUAAAGGAGCGGAUCCACCAAUUCAUUCGUCAGCUGGAGAUGAGAGCAUUGGCAUUGAUCAAAUUUGUAGAAGCAGACACUCACAAGGGCAACUUCUUCCUGAAGAUGAGUUUAAAGAAGCUGAAACAACACCUAGGACUGACUCUAGAAGGAGACUUCAAAAUCGUGUUGGCAAUGGCGGAGAAGUUAAAACCUGGAAUGUACGGAUUCGUUCUCGGUGAUCCGAAAAUAGAAAAGGACGAGAUACAAAAUAUUUUAGAGAACUUCUAGCAACGACUACUGGAUGAAACAUUUUUAGCAGAAUGUGUUGACAUUUGGCGUCCAGUGUUUUGAAAUUCCGCCGCUGAGUUCUACAAGGGCAGAUGUUUCUGUCAUAGGAUCUAUGAUCGCCGUUGGUAGAAUCUAUGAUGAUUAUUACAAACCAGGUUUUACUUUUGUUCUCCCAUCAUAGAUUUCUAUGGUGGCUCUAGGUUGGGAAUUCCACCAAUAGAUUCCAUAUUGUGGGUUCCAUCAAAAUGCUUAUAAACAUCAAAGUAUACACCCAUUAGAGUGACACUCUUCAGACUUCUUGAUAAUAAGAAUUUUCAGAUCAACAAUUUAUCCGAGAUUGGAGAUCUUUAAGAAAUAUGAAAUAUUGAUACAACGUCCAGCGCUCGAUGAAACUGCAUUGGAUUUAGGGCUCUAGAAGUCUCAUCAAUAUUUAUUAUUCAAUAAUUGUACAUUUAUAUGUCUGUCUUCGUGACAGCACUGUUAUUUCAUUGAAAUAAAGAAUUUAGGGUUGUGGAUGUUAUUUUUAAAAGAUCAGAUACUGUCUAGACGCUCUUUAGCUGGUUUUGGUGCGUCUGUUUCUUAUAGGCCUAUUACACGUAGUAUAGGCCUUUUGUACAGGCCCCCUUGAACCUGCUGAAUAGUGUCAACAAAGUGGUGCUUCAAUUCCUGUGGUAGUAUAGCCAAAAAGUGUAUGAGGUAAGCCACCAAAUUUUUCCAAGCAUUUUGUUUUGAUUGGAAAGGAAGAAAAUUCAAAAUCCACGAAAAUAAAAAUUGUGAAAACUUUUUUUUUCAGAUAUCAUUGAAAAUUGAUGCCAAAAAAUGUCAAGUACCAAAAAUUUGUUGGUUUAACAGUAUUCACUCUAUCAAUAAAUAUUGUGAUGGACCAAUACUUGAUGUAUUGGACUAUAAAUGUUGCUUUGGGGAGCAUCCAGUAGAUUAUACACACCGAGGGGAGUGGGAUGAUACCAAAGUGUAUUUGGGGAGGGGUCAUGUAAGCAGACGUAGUUUAAUUUUUCAAUCACCCAGAGCAUGGUCGGGAGUCAGUAUACUAAAGCAUACAGAGUGUGUUCAGGGGAGAAGGUCUGAAAAUCUGAGUUUCGUUGCGUAUGCGCUGAAUGGAUGCUCUCUUAGAAUUUUGAAAGCUAUAACUGUGAAAUUGUCAAUGUAGUAUAUUCCCAUUGAGUGGAGAUAUAUGUAUCAUAGUCAAAGUGAACCCAUACAAAUGUAAAUAAGAAAAAAGAAUAUUUUAUGGAGAAGUACUGUUGUAGAACCUCUCUAUACGAACACAGUCCUUCAGGCAAGGAAUUAAGGUAGAGAGGUGUCCUGAUUACAGAGACCAAAUUGAACAAAAAUGGCAAGUUCUGGACCAAAAUCAGUGUCCUGCUAUGAAGGGAGGAUCAGAUGAAUGAGAUUCCACUAUUGACUCCAAAUCUAAGGCCAUGGGACCCUGUGAUGAUGCCUCAAGACCUGAAUGUGGUGUACAGGGUGGCCCAAAUAAAUGGCCAGUAAUACUUACACCACUUCCUCUUCCAGGAACCAAGGGCACCUAAAAGGGGUUCUUGGUUUCAUAAAAAAAUGAAAGCAAACAUUUCACCAACGAUGCACACUCUUGCAGAUUUAUUGCUUUAUUACCUGAAGUGCUCACUUCACUCAAAACAAUAAGUCAUAUAAAUGCCGGCCUGGGAUAAACACUGUCUAUUCAGACAUUUUAUUAUCAGGAUAUUAGUAUGGGCAACCCUUAGGAUCUGAUUCCACUGCGACGGGAAACUUGCGGUUUGAUGCUUUCACAGGCAUUGUGGUCAGUUACCUUUGCCGAGCCAGCAACUUUAAUCAAAAUUUUUCAAAUGCCUGUGAAGGCCGCACAGCUUCCCGCUGACAUUUCUCCCUUUAUUGAAAACUAAGCCUAAUGGAAUUUUGUAAAAUAAUGUCAUUGAUUUCCUAUCUGUUCAUUUGAGAAUGGUAAGGCUUUUGACAAGAUGGACCAUUCAAACUCACCAUCAACUGCUGAUGUAAACAUUUAUAAAAAGUCUCAUUGAGAAGUGUGAAA